AUGUGCUAUUUGUUUAUCCAUUUCACCAAUCUAUAUAUCUGUCUUUGUUGUGCAGGAGAUGUCCUGGAUAAUGUGUCUCCAUGUUCUGUAGCAAACCACUUAAGGUGGGACUUGACAGCAGGACAGAUUGAAAAUCUUACUAAUGAACUCAUUGAAAAAACCAAGCAUGUGUAUGAUCAAGUGGGAUCUCAGGAGUUUGAAGAAGUAUCCUAUGAGAGUACUCUCAAAGCACUGGCUGAUGUGGAAGUGGAAUACACAGUUCAGAGAAACAUUCUGGAUUUUCCACAGCAUGUUUCCCCCUCCAAAGAUAUCCGAACAGCCAGUACUGAGGCUGACAAAAAGCUCUCGGAGUUUGAUGUUGAGAUGAGCAUGAGACAGGAUGUGUACCAGAGGAUUGUCUGGCUGCAGGAGAAAGUUUCGGCAGAUUCAUUGAGGCCAGAAGCCAAGAGAUACCUGGAUCGGUUAGUUAAGCUGGGAAAACGGAAUGGACUACAUCUCCCAGAAGAAACUCAAGAAAAAAUCAAAAACAUUAAAAAGAAGCUAAGUCUCCUUUGUAUCGACUUCAACAAGAACCUGAAUGAGGACACUACCUUCUUGCCAUUCACCCGAGAGGAGCUGGGAGGCCUUCCUGAGGACUUUCUGAACUCCUUGGAAAAGACCAAUGAUGAUAAGUUGAAAGUAACUCUCAAAUACCCCCAUUACUUUCCUCUCCUAAAGAAGUGUUAUGUUCCUGAGACCCGGAGGAAGGUUGAAGAGGCUUUCAACUGUAGGUGCAAGGAGGAGAACUGUGCAAUCCUCCAGGAACUAGUAGAUCUCCGAGCUCAGAAGUCCAGCCUGCUAGGAUUUAACACUCAUGCUGACUAUGUGUUAGAGAUGAAUAUGGCCAAAACAAGUCAAGAUGUUGCCACAUUCUUAGAUGAACUGGCUCAGAAGCUGAAGCCUCUUGGGGAAGAAGAACGAGCAGUCAUCUUGGAAUUGAAAAAAAAAGAAUGUGAGAAACGGUCCCUGGACUUUGACAACCAGAUCAAUGCCUGGGACAUGCGCUACUACAUGAACCAAGUAGAGGAGACCCGCUAUAACGUGGACCAGAACCUGCUAAAGGAGUACUUUCCUAUGCAGGUGGUCACCAAGGGCCUUCUGGGCAUAUACCAAGAGCUCUUAGGACUAACCUUUGAACUAGAAGAGAAUGCCAAGGUGUGGCAUGAGGAUGUGAAAUUAUAUUCAGUAAGGGAUGUGGACUCAGGCAAAGUGAUUGGGAAGUUCUAUCUGGACUUGUACCCCCGGGAAGGAAAGUAUGGUCAUGCAGCCUGCUUCGGCCUACAACCUGGCUGCCUCCUCAAGGAUGGCAGCCGGCAGAUCUCCAUUGCAGCCAUGGUGGCCAACUUCACCAAACCAACACCGGAUGCCCCUUCUCUGCUGCAACAUGAUGAGGUGGAGACAUACUUCCAUGAGUUUGGGCAUGUGAUGCACCAACUCUGUUCUCAGGCAGAGUUUGCCAUGUUCAGUGGGACCCAUGUGGAGAGAGACUUUGUAGAAGCACCAUCACAGAUGUUGGAAAACUGGGUGUGGGAGAAGGAGCCCCUGAAGCGCAUGUCCCAGCACUACAAGACAGGAGAGCCCAUCCCUCAGGAGCUGCUGGAGAAACUCAUCAAGUCCCGUCAGGCAAAUACAGGCCUCUUCAACCUGCGUCAAAUUGUCCUAGCCAAGGUGGACCAGGCACUGCAUACACAGACGAAAGCAGAUCCAGCCCAGGAGUACUCUCGGCUGUGCCAGGAGAUCUUAGGAAUUCCAGCCACUCCAGGUACUAAUAUGCCAGCCACUUUUGGACACCUGGCAGGAGGCUAUGAUGCCCAAUACUAUGGCUACCUCUGGAGUGAAGUGUACUCCAUGGACAUGUUCCAUACACGCUUCAAAAUGGAAGGGGUCCUCAACUGUAAGGUCGGCAUGGACUACAGGACGAGCAUCCUGAAGCCCGGUGGCUCUAUUGAUGCUAUCUCCAUGUUGCAGCAGUUCCUAGGCCGGGAACCCAAGCAAGAUGCCUUCCUCCUGAGCAAAGGGCUGAAGGUGUUGGACAGCAGCUCACUGCCCUCUGCCUGCUGAUGGGCCGGCCCCUGGGUCACGGGAGCUCUUCCGUGCAUCCCCAUUCUUCAGGACUGAGCAAGUUUGGACAGAACCUUCCUCUGGCCUCCCUGUUGCCUUAAAUUCCCAACAGAGAGAGAGCAGAGGGACUCUGACAGAGCCACUACCCCACCACAGGGUGGUGGAAUGAGGGGGUGUUUCAACCCCCUUCUGCAAACCCACCUUGUUUUGCUUUCUACUUUUUAACCUUCCGGUCCCUUUUUGGGGUCUUUGCUCAGUCACAUUAAGAUGUUUGGAGAGUUCUUGUGUUGGCCAUAUGGCCUGAUAUUAUUUUUUUCCCCUUGUCCAUCCCACCCCAGAGUAACCAGGAUCAGGUUCUCUACUGAAACUGUAGCUGUAAUCUUUUUUUUUUUUUUUAAAGUGGAGUGAAAGAGGGAGCCUUCCUCCCUUCUUCCCUCCCUCCCAACUCCUCCCUCGAAAUAGCUUAGUUUAACAUUGGUUGUUAAGGCAGAAAUCAUGGUUUAGUCUUUUUGGGGUGGUUUUUUUCAGGCGCUGUUUUGAUGAGAGAUGGAUUAGACCUCAGGGAAUCGAUAGCUGGAAUGGGUGUGUUUUAUGUGCAUGUAUGCUGGAGCUGGUGAGUGAAAUGAGUGAGUUGUUCCCCCCUUAAGCCUGAGCACUCUGGCUCGGGCACAGAGCAGUGAUUUCCUAACUGGAACCAAGGGGCCUUAGAAAGUUCGCCCUGAGCUUGAUACAGACUUUACUCCAGGAUUCUGAGGCCAGCGUCUCCAUGAGGAUUUAAUGCCUGGCUCACAUAAUAAAAAAUGAGGAAGCCUAUCAAUAAAUCUGUCAAUAAGUGAAA